AUGUUCUCCAACUUUGUCACUGCGGCUAAGGGUCUAUUUGCGCGACACGAGUCUCAAGACGCACUCGCAGAUCCUGCUGGCGCCUCCGCCGCAACCACAUCCGACAUGGUGACCGCCACUAGACGAGGGACUGUUAUGUCCACACCGACCGAGGAGCCGACCAUAAAUGGUGUUGGAAAGCAUGGAAAGCGCAAGGCCCAGCCUGUAACCUCUGAAAAGACGAACAACAAGCAGAUCAAGCGCAGGAAGAAGAAUAUCCUGGAAGCGGAGGGUGCGACCAACGAAGCUGAAGAUCUCACAAUCGGUACUCCGAAGGAGCCAGCUACGAAUGGAGAGGACUCGGAGCCUAAGAAGCACUUCCGAUUUGGCAGCGAGGACCCGGAGCCCGCCGUGCUGGAGAGUCUGUCCGAUGCAGCCCCGGAGAAGCCUGCUCAGGACGAAGACGAAGAGGAUAGCGAUGACGAUGCACCCGAGACGAUCGACAAUUCUGCCCAGCUAUUGAAGAUCAAGGAGCAGGCCAAGAAGCAGGAAAAGGCAAAGUUACUAGAAGAACAACUGAAGAAGGAAAAGCGGAGAAAGCUCGAUGAGCACCGCAAGUUGCAAGCCAAGUUCAAACCGAAGGAACCUUCCGCUCCCAGCGAGGAUCUUCUGUCCGAAAGCACCGCUACUCUCCAGGGCUCCAGCACCGAAGAUGCACGGCGACGCGCCCUCCCUGCUUUGCUUCCUGAUGAUAUUCUGAACGCCGAACCGGUCGUCCGGCCUCCGACACCCCCCGCCGAGGAUAACUUCGGAUUUGUAAUUCCCAAGAAAUCGAAUAAGCUGAGGUUUUUGGAUAAGACAGAGAAAGCGCCGAAGGAUGUCCAAGUGGGCGAUGUGACUAUUCGCGUACUCGAUGCUCCAUCUGCGAAACCAAGCUCGAAGCCUGCGCUGCCGCCCAAGGCCUCCAAGAGCGGGCGGGGUCUGAAGGAGGGUUGGCUCAAGCAGCAAAAGAGCACAGCGCACGUCAACGGGUUGCGGAGGACAGCAGGCGGCUCUUCGGGCUUUAAGCGGCGGUGA